AUGCAAGCCCUCCGCUCCCUUCCCCGCGCAGCCGCGCUCUCCGCCCGCGCCUUCUCCACCACCACCCCCCGUGCGCUCGCAAAGAUGCAGAUCAUCGGCCGCCUCGCAGACCAACCCGAAUGCCUCCCCUCCUCCACCGGACGAGAAGUGUCAAAGUUCGCGCUGGGCGUGAACACGGGGCCGAGGGAUGAGCAUGGGAACAGGGCGACGAGCUGGUUCAAUGUCGCGAGUUUCAUGGAGGAUGGGCCGCAGAGGGAUUUGUUGUUGAGUUUGCCUAAGGGGACACAGAUGUUCGUGGAGGCAGAGGCGAAGAUGGAUUCGUACGAGGUGGAUGGGAACAGGCGCACGGCGCUCAAUCUUGUGAUGCGCAAUUUCGAAACACUCUCACGCCCACAGUCCGCUCGCGAGCCCUCGGACAGCCGGGGACCAUCUGGCGGCCCUGAGUCAGACAAGGACUCGGCGGCGGAGGAACCUCUGAGCGGUGUCGGACAGUCUUGA